UAUUAUUUUUUAAGUUUGUUUUGCUCAAAUUAGUGAUAAUUUAAUCGUUUAGUGAAAUUUAACAGUAAAUUCAAUCAAGAUGACAGAACGAAGAAAAAGUUCCGCUGGUUGGAAAAUGAACGUCGAUGAUAAAGCUUGCUACAUCGACGUGGAAGCUGAGGAGGAGAACGACUCAGAAGAAGCCGUAGAAGCAGAUGAUCUUAACCCUGAGAACCGUUUCCGGCGCACCACCUCCACCGAUGAUGAGCUUGCUAACGGCAGCGGCCAGUCACCGUGGUGUGAUUUGCCGGAUCACAUCAUGGAGCGAAUCUUUGCACACCUGAGCAUCCGGGAGCGGUACUAUGCGAGUUUGACCUGCUUCAGCUGGUAUCAGUCGUUUGCCCUGCCAAACGUGUGGUCCAACUUUCUCGUGGAGGACGAAACGUUGGCGCGGCUCAAGUUCAACUACUAUUCCGGCUGGCAACCGGUGCUGGACCACUCCCGAACCCAAAACUGCCUCCUCUCGGUGGGGAAACUCUUCCGGGGGUUGGACUUUCGUCCGCUGGUUUCGUUCAACAACAUGUACCAAUUUAUGACGCUGAUGUCGUGGGCCAUCGAGCAGAACCACAAGCAAAAGGUGCCGCGCGAGUGGGCCGGUUGUGGGUUACGGAUCAAAUCGCUCAACUACAUAUUCCCGUGCAACAUGGCUUCGAGUGAGGAUCCGGAAUCGAUCAAGCUGUUCGGGACUGGUGGCCAACUGUUGGCGGCCCUCAAGAGGUUGAUGACGAAUCUGACGAAUUUGCAGACGCUCAAGUUGGUGGAUUUGAUGCUGGAGCGGUACGAGGCGAACCACCUGCUGGACGAGGUGCUGGAAUCGGGCUGUUUGGUGCUGAAGAGGCUGUACCUGAUCAACGUGACGAUGGUGCACUGUCCGAUAAUGCACAUUGGACUGUUUUUGAACCUGCAGGUCCUGGUCGUGUCGCCGCAAAACAUCGACGACGACGUCUUGACGCUGCUGGCCGACUCCCGGGUGCGGCACCUGUACCUGUUCCAGAACCGUUACACGCCGGCGGCCAUCGCGAUCAGCCCCUGCUCGGUGCGGGGCUGGCGGCUGCUGCGCCGUGAUAAUCCGAAUUUACGGGUCCACCUGCGGGCCGAGUCAACAAGUGGCGCGGCCGAGAUUCUGCUCCAGCCGGAACCGGCCCCCGUGCACAGCAUGAUUUAUCAGUCGCCCCGGACCAUGAUUACCUCGGAUAAGCUGCUGGCGGCCGUCGAUGUUUACAAAUACACCCUGGCCGUGUACGGGCACGAGAUGCUGCCGGAUUUCACCAGCCCGGUCGAGUUCCAGGACCGGGUGGACAGUUUGCUGGUGCUGAUGGCGCGGUCCUGUCCGGAGCUGGCCGUCCUGAUGAUCCGCGAACGCAUCUCGACCGCCACCCUGUUGAUCAUCGCCAGGACCGCCCAAAAUCUGCACCAUCUGUACGUGCGACGGAGUCAGCUGGUGGAGGAGUGCGACUGGCCCAAGAAUCCGGACUGGACGGACGAGUACUACCAGUGGCUGCGGGUGUCGUCGGCGUCCGUCGAAGCCACCGAACGGGAAAUUUCGCAAAUCUUGGAGGUGGAGAACUGGCGGGCCCUAAGUGAUGAGCACUACAAGAUGACGUCGCUAACGAAACAUGUGGACCAUUGAUUAAGCUAUUUUUCUUUUGUUAUGUUAAUGAAUGCCUUUUGUUGAUGGUGGAGGAGAGUAAUAAACGAGGACGGUGACAAUGAAAUGUUAU